AUCUGUUUUAGUUUUGUAAUUAGCAACGGUGUAGUCAGCCACUUCUGCAAAACAGCUGCUGCAAUGUCUCGUAUGCUGUGUGGAGAAGAAGCUCUAUGACUGUGCGAAAAGGAAAACGUUUAGGCAUCUCCAUCCAGGAGCACAUGGCCAUCGACGUCUGCCCGGGCCCCAUCCGCCCCAUUCGUCAAAUCUCUGCUUAUUUCCCUCGCCUCUCGCCCACUUCUUCCUUCUCUGAGCCGCUCUCGCCCAAUCAGGUGGCAGCUCCCACCACACUCAGCCCUGGCAGCGCAGGUCAAGGUGGAGGGGCCGUCGGAAGGGGAGGAGGUGGAGGAGGCAGCGGCCUGUUAUCACCGCUGUUACCAGGGGGGGCGGGUGGAGGGGGCUCACUGUCAGCCAUGAGCAGCAUGGACACCUCCAUCGAGAUCGACAGCUGUGACAGCGAUGAUAACACCUCCCUGGGGACUUUAGAGUUUGACCUACUGUAUGAGAGAGCCACCAGCUCCUUACACUGCACAGUCCUGAGAGCAAAGGGUCUGAAACCGAUGGAUUUCAAUGGUUUGGCUGAUCCUUACGUCAAACUGCAUCUUCUGCCAGGAGCUUGCAAGGCCAAUAAACUGAAAACCAAGACUGUUCGAAACACACUGAACCCUGUGUGGAAUGAGACGCUCACCUACUGUGGAAUCACAGAGGAAGACAUGUACCGCAAAACACUCCGGGUUUCCGUGUGCGAUGAAGACAAGCUGACACAUAAUGAGUUCAUCGGGGAGUCACGGGUGGCCCUGCGCCGUGUGAAGCCUGACCAGACCAAACACUUUAACAUCUGUCUGGAGCAUCCACCUCCUCUACCAUCACCGACUGCAAUGAGCACAGCCCUGAGAGGAAUCUCCUGCUACCUGAGAGAGUGGGAGACGGAGCAGCAGAGGAGUCUAGAGGAGAGAGGCCGUUUGCUGCUCUGCCUGCAGUACCUCCCCCCGACUGGUGAUGGCGAUGUGAAGGGCGAGGCCAAAGAGAGGGCUCGCGGCGGGCUGUGUGUGGGCGUCAAACGCUGUGCCCACUUGGCCGCCAUGGAUGUCAAUGGCUACUCAGACCCCUACGUUAAAACGUAUCUCAAGCCAGAUGUUCACAAGAAGUCCAAGCACAAAACUGCAGUCAUAAAAAAGACUCUCAACCCAGAGUUUAAUGAGGAGUUCUUCUACGAAAUCUCUUUCUCAGAGUUAGCCACCAAGACGCUGGAGGUCACAGUGUGGGACUACGACCUGGGGAAGUCCAAUGACUUCAUAGGGGGUGUGUCCUUAGGGUGUCACUCGCAGGGAGAGACUCUGCAGCACUGGAUAGACUGUCUGAAGAACAAGGGGGCGAAGGUGGAGCGCUGGCACACGCUGACCAACGAGUUGCCUGGAUCCACACUGCAGGAAUGAACUGAGCCUCCUCCACUGCGCUGACACUGAAGAGACUGCCUGAGGAAUGGGGACCAGAGACGUUUCAUGGCAUGUUCUGAGGAUUUUCUGCAUGACUAUGACGGAUUCAUAUCCUGCUUACUUUGUGUCAUAAGAGUUCAUAAUUCAUAACAACACACCCAAAGGCGGCACGUUCAGAGAUCAAUGCUAUAAUCUUGGAUCUAAAUAAACCUGAUGCAAAUCUGGGAAACCAUCCCUACCACAAAGCUAUGAGUGUGAGAAUUUUCAUAACCAUAUUCAUAGGGAUCCAUGUAUUUCUUUUGUGGAUUUUACAUCUAAAUGCUCCCCUCCACUGCUCCAAACUGGUCAGAUCUCAGUCAACGAGAAAAAUUGAAAUCGUGCAAGAGAACAAAAUGAGGGAGAAAGCGGAAUUAUUCUGCACAUCGACUCUCAUGUCGUCCCUCAUGUCAGGUUUGUUUGCUCUAAUUAAAUUUGGCCUGUUAUUUUCAUCAACUGCUGACAUUAAAACCCCACCAUUAUGACCAUCUGUCUCACAGAACACGUACAGUACCUCUCCCUUGCAAUAAUAUUUUGCCUAAUGCUUCCUAAGAUUUCCAAGUGGUCUUAAUACUGUCAGAUGUUUUGUAUGUAUUGAUCUGAUUGCCACUGGAUUGCCUGUAGACAGCACAACCUAAUAAGAUAAUUGGUUCUUCCACAUUGAUGGUUUGUGUCAGUUAUUUGCAUGUUUGGUGUUUACGGAGCAAACUAAAAGACAAGUGUGUGCCAGACUCUGCUGCAGGAUGAAACAUUCAUCAUUGUGUUGUUCCCAACUCUUCUGAGGUGUGUUGCUCUGAUUAACUAAAGGGAAGUUUUGUUUUUGUUUUUGUUUUUUGGUUUUUAUGUUUUUUGUUUUUUGUCAAUGGUAACAGUUCUUUUUUAAAAUGUUGUUCACAGUUGUUUGAUGCGUAAGCUCCAAUAUCACUGCGUCGGUUUCGUGUUGAUGACACGUUGAUGUUAACCUACUUUUGCUUCCUUGAUUUGCAGGGAAGAGGAUGGUGGUGCGAUUGACAAAAACGUUCCAGAGCAGAUUGUUUAGUGGAGAGUUGUGCAUGGUCUUACUCUGACAGACAGUAAAUAAAAUCAUCAGCCCUUGUUCAAUAUCUGAAUAUCACAUAUGAAUGCUGUAUACAGCACAGUGUCGUCUGGGAACACUCUCCAUUGCUGCUGCUUUACUAUGGAUUGCAGGUUUUACUUGUGCUCGGUCUCGUGGUAAAAGAGGCAUGCUGAAAAUAUCAGUGUUGUUCAUAUGUAAAUAUAUAUUGUGUUUCACUUGCUUUGGAUGUUUGUGUUUUGGAACAUAAAGUGUGCAGGGUU